CCAUGUCCCAAUCUUCCCCAACCUCAGGUCAACCGACUGCUAUCCAAGAUCCAGUCUCCGCUCUCCCUUCUCCUCUCGCUGCAUACACACACCAGCAGGGCCCCCGGCCCCGCCACCACCAACCCACCUCCCUCAAUUAUAAACCUAUAAAAUAUCAUCAUUGACCCGAGCUGAUCCAAGAGGCCAGUAGUGAUAUUGAUCUUUGGUUGGAGAGAUCAAGAAAAGGGGGGACUGAAAUUCCAAGGACCAACCCAUUGCUGGUUGCUUGGUUCUGGUUCAGAAGGGCGUGGAACGGCGGUUGGAUUUCAGAGGCAGGCAGAAGCUUUCAGCCAGUCGGGCUCAGGGGGCGCAGCAAUGGCUGGCAAGGAAAUCCUCCACAAAGUGAAGGACAAGGUGAAAGAUGCGUUUAGUUCAUCAGGACCAGAAACAGGGAAAGGCAAGACGAAGUUAUCAGGCAAGCGUGUCAAGCAUGGUUACCAUCUGGUGAAGGGAAAAUCUAAUCAUCCAAUGGAGGACUAUCUAGUAGCAGAGUACCGGCAAGUUGGUGAACAUGAUUUGGGUUUGUUUGCGAUAUUCGAUGGUCACCUAGGCCACACUGUUCCAGACUUUUUGCGCUCCCAUCUUUUCAAUAACAUCUUGAGUGAGCCAGAAUUCUUGAGUGAUCCAGAAACUGCUAUCCGAAAUGCAUACCAACUUACGGAUCAGAAAAUAUUGGAAAACGCAGCAGAGUUGGGAAGAGGUGGCUCCACAGCUGUUACUGCCAUCUUAAUAGGCAGUGACAAGUCUGUGAAACUAGUAGUUGCAAAUGUUGGGGAUUCACGAGCAGUUAUUAGCAAGAAUGGUGUGGCGAAGCAGCUUUCAGUUGACCAUGAACCAAACAUGGAGCGACAAACGAUUGAGCAAAAGGGUGGCUUUGUAUCAAACCUACCGGGUGAUGUGCCACGCGUUGACGGGCAGCUGGCAGUUGCAAGGGCAUUUGGAGACCGGAGCUUGAAGAAGCACCUCAGCUCUGACCCAUAUGUGAUUGAGGAAACUAUAGAUGAAUAUACAGAUUUUUUAAUUCUAGCAAGUGAUGGCUUAUGGAAGGUGAUGUCCAACCAGGAGGCAGUUGACGCGAUCAAGGAUUGCAAGGACGCGCAGGCAGCUGCCAAGCACCUGACGGAGCAGGCCGUGAACCGGAAGAGCAAGGACGACAUUUCAGUUAUCGUCGUUAAGUUCCUUUGCUAGCACGUCACGUCGUCAGGUUAAAUGGCGUCCUAAAUGUAUACCAUGUUAAAUGAUCUUUAAGUCUUGUGGUUGCUGCUGUCGGACAUUGUAUUUAUCCUUCUUUGGUUUAGGGGACAACCCCACAAUUGGGGGGGGGGGGGGGGGGGGUCAAGGCUUGUAACAUAUUGUUGUUUGUUUAAGGCUCCAAAUAAAGCAUGGUUCCACCAUAGUAAUUUCAAUUCGUGUUUUUUAUA